AGCGGCAGAGAUGAUGACGGAAAUUUCGGCAAGAAUUGCCGUCAUUCUUGCAAUAUGCACGGAACUUUCGCUGGGGUUCUCAGAAUGUCCAGAAGGGUGGAUAUAUAACUAUAGAAACGCACGCUGCUAUCAGUUCAACCACUUUCGAAAAUGUUCAUGGGAAGUUGCCCUGGCCAACUGUAGACUAGAGAGAGGAGACCUGCUGUCUUAUGAGAAUCAGGGUGAAAAGGACUGGGUCCUCAAGAACAUGGUGGUCAAUUUUUACUGGUCAGGGCUAAAUGACCGUUAUGAAGAUGGGCGCUAUGUAUGGACUGACCACACGGAGUAUAACGCGACACUGGUGCAUUGGGCACCCAGAGAACCUAACAAUUGGGGCGGCAACGAGGACUGUGCUGUGGCCAUAAGUAAUGGAGAUAUGAAUGAUAUGUCGUGUGAUUGGAAUAUACCGUAUAUAUGUAAACGACGACCAAAAGUAUGCCCAGCAGGGUGGCUAUAUUGUGGAGUCACUGGCAUGUGCUACCAGUUCAACUCGAGAGAAAACGUGAAGAAAACCUGGUCAGCCGCUUUAGAAGACUGUGAGCAGAAGGGUGCUAACUUGUUAUCUUAUCAGUCAAUGGCCGAAAAGUACUGGGUCCUCUCUAAAAUGAAGUCGUCUGCCUUCUGGUGCGGACUAAAUGACCUGCAGACAGACGGCAAGUGGAUUUGGUCAGACGAUACCCCGUAUGACGCGAAAAUUGUAAAUUGGGCGCCUGGAGAGCCUAAUAAUUGGGGCGGCAACGAAGAUUGUGCUAUUGUAAUCGGCAACGCUCAGAUGAACGACCUGAGCUGCGAAUGGAAACUUCCCUACAUUUGUAAAGGACCAAGAGGUACAAAGAACACUUCGUUGUUCUAA